AUGCCUGAGGAGCUGAGAGGCGCCAGGGUAGCAGGGUUAAUUGAUGAACAGACUAAUACUUGGGAUCCCCAUAUUUUAGCUAAUUUAUUUAAUGAUGAGGGUGUGAGUCGCAUAGUUAAAAUCCCUAUAAGCCCAGGAUAUGAGGACUCAUGGUAUUGGCUUGGCUACCCCAAAGGGAUUUACACGGUAAAGAAUGCCUACAAAAAUAUUAUGGGGAUUUAUGAACAUACACCAGGGGAUUUUGAUAAAUGGACUAUUAUGUGGAAGAUGAAGGUACCUCCAAAAUGGAAGACAUUCAUGUGGAGGGCAAUUUGUGAUAUUCUCCCUACAACUACUAAUUUGAUUAUAAAGAGGGUGGAGGUGGACCCUACAUGCCAAAUGUGUGGUUUGGUUCAUGAGAAUGUUAUGCAUGCAUUAGUUACUUGUGAAUAUUCUAGACUUGUUUGGAAUGUUUCCGAGCUACCUAUCACAAAUAUUAUUACCAACUCAUUCCCCGCAUGGCUAACGGGUGCACUUACAAUAUUGACAGAGGAGCAGAGUGGACUCAUGGUAGCAGUGUUGUACCAUUUAUGGAGGAGCCGCAACUCGGCGGUAUGGGAUGGAGCCCUCCCACACCCCGCCGCCGCAUGGAGGAGAGCGACGGUUGCCUUGAGCUCAUUCCGACAGGACAAUCAGCGCCCUCUCAGCCCGAGCCGGUUGCGGCACAGAUGA